UAUAGUGAAGACACGUACAGAAAAAAAUUUAUAAAUUUUAUAAAAUAUUGAUUGAUAUUGACCUUGCAUCGCAACAAAAGUUUAUAGCUAUAUAAAAAAUUUUAUUAUUCAAUAAAUUAAUAAUAUAAUUAAAAAUGGGAGAAUUUGGAUUAAAUGAUCUGUGUGAACGUUUGAAAGAAGAGAUUCCUCUUUUGAAAGAGAAAAUGUCAAUUACGGCUUUAUGUUGGCGUUGUAACGAAGGUAAGAAUAAGGGAAAGCUCGUAUCUCCAUGUAAGUGUAUAAAACAAUUCAUACACGUUGAUUGUCUAGAGAUAUCGGCAAAUACUCAAAACAUACUUCACUGCCUAUUUUGUCAUACUCAAUAUCCAUUAGAUAUAAGACGCAAAUCAUUAUUAGAGUGUUACAGAGACAAUACAUUGCUUCAGAUGUUUCGAGAAGUUUGUUCUCCUCUUUUCAAAUUACUAGCUUUUAUAUUCUACUCCUUUUUUUUAAUUGGCAUAUUGAUUUAUAUAGUCACAUUAUUUGAUUAUAUUUUAAUAAAGGACAAUCUCGUUAUCGUUAUUAUCAUAAUGCUUAUGAUUCUUACAUGCUUCUACACUUUUCUUUUCUUCGUUUAUACGAUUGAGCCCUUUCUAUCUAACUGGUUUGACAAAAUACGUAACAUUUAUCGUAAAUAUACUCAAGAAGUUAAACUGAAGACACAAUAUUCAUAUGUUGGAAUAAUUUAAGUGCAAAUAAAAUUUAUUUUUCUGUACAUUUGUAGACUAUAUAAUGC